UCUCCACACAGCAUCUUCACCAGCGAGCUUCAUAUAGAUGGAAUCAGAAGACCUCAACAACCUUGACAUUUUCUCCGACAGCGCCGCCGCCCAAGCCGAUCCGACUCCGCGUGGGCCCAGGCCCAUAUGCAGCAACUGCACCCGACCCGGCCCAGUAUGCCUCUGCCAAUCUCUCCCGGCCCGGCCCAUCCAAACCCAAACCCAUGUCAUAAUCCUCCACCAUCCCCACGAAGCCAAUCACAAGCUUUCCACAACCCCAAUCCUCACCAAAUGCCUCUCCAACGCCACCGCCGUCAUCGGCCGCAAGCUCCGGCCAGGCCUUUCGCCGCUGCUCGACCAAUCCCCUCCCGCCAUAUACCUCUUCCCGCCCACCAAAUCCUCGCCCGCCGUCACCCUACCGGACCUCCCAGCAUCCCCUCUCCCUCGCGUUCUCGUCGCGUUCGACGCCACGUGGAAGCACGCGCGGGAGAUGGUGAAAGCGAGCGAGGGGUUUUUGUCGGCGUUCGCGACGAGGGUUUGUUUGGAUGUGGACGAGAGCGCGAGCGGUGGGAGCAUUUACGACUCGGAGUUGGUUCUGAGGAAGGAGCCGUUUGGCGGGUGCGUGAGUACGUUGGAGGCUGUGGCCAGAGCUCUGGGUGCGCUUGAGCCCAAUGGGGUGGAGAUUGAGGCCCAGCUUAUUGGGGUCUUGAGGGACAUGGUGGGUUUGCAGGCUGGCUAUCUUAAUAAGCCCAUAAAGCCCAGGCCCAAGUUGUUGAAGAAAGGCAAGCAAAAACAAAGGCUCAGGAUUGAGAGUGAGAGUGGGAGUGAGAAUCCUACGAUGUCGGGUCUCGGUCGAAAUUAGGUCCGCACUCGAUUAGUGAAUUGCCUUUUAAAGUUGGAUAUGACAUUGGAUAUUGUUUUUAGUGAAUUGCCUUCUGUUCUUUA